AUGGUGGAGUGGCGGGAGGGAUUUUUCCCGCUGAGUGACAGGGAAGAGGAAAUGAGGGCUAUGCUAGACAAGGGGGUCAUGUUCUGGGUGGGACGAGACAGGCACUUGCGGCCUUUAUUGCUUAUCAAACUGGCCAGACUGAGCAAGACGGUUUCUCCGGAAGCCUUCAAAAGACUCACCAUAUUCUGCUUCGAGUGGGGUCUGCGUUACUUGAUGAUUCCUGGAGUAGUCGAGACCAUUACAGUCUUGCUGGACGUGCGCGGCGUUCCGCUUCACCAGUUUCCCAUCAGCGCCCUCACAGACAUGACCAGCACGCUCACCAAGCAGUACCCCUUCCGCCUGAACCGGAUGCUCAUAAUCAACGACUCCUUCUUUGUACAGACCGUGUGGAAUAUCGCCAAGCAGUUUCUGACUGAAGUUCAGCAACAGAAAAUGCUUUUCUUUAGGACUGGAUUUGAGGAGGAGCUGAUGCGGGAGUACACACCUUGGCAGCUGGAAAAGUGCUACGGAGGCACCAGGCCAGAAGAGCAGCGUGCGGAUCCGUACAAGGGGGGCUACCGUGCAACAGACCGCAUCACCUCUAUGGGUGUCCUCUGGGAAAAGGACUGUCGGAUGCCUAUUCAGUGGGCGCCAGAUGCCUUUUCUGUGUUUAAAGAUUUGUCCUUGCCACCUCCGGAAAGCGUGGUUGAAGCGACUGUUCAAAAAACGGAGAAGGGGGACUCUGCUGGGAGCGCAGAGUCUCACGAGGCAGCAGAGGCAGCACCGGAGGCAGGAUGCCAAGCGCAGGAGUCUGCGAGGGUAGCAGAGGCUGCUGCUGAAGUUGCACACGCAGCACGCGGCGUAGGGGAAAGUGGCGCGAAAGAGGCGAUGGACAAGGCAACAAACGCAAGCCCAGACAGCGCUUGCGAAGCAGGAACCUGUCAUGCACCCUUGGCAGCGUCUACAAAGCCGGAUGCAUCGGAAAACGCCGUCGAAGAGCUCAAGAAAGGGACAUCUGUGAAUGGCGCACCUCCUCCGCAGCAAGCCGUGAGUUCUUAG